CAAAAGCAUGGCGAGUGGCACAGACCGACCAGUCUCCACCUCCCGCUUCCCAGCGAGCUCACUGCACACUCCCCAACUCCACAGCAGCAGCAGCAGCAGCCUGCAAGGCUGCAAUCCACGGGCUAGCCACCUACCACCCUGCAUUCUUGCCGUAAUCGCGGACCGGUCCUCGCCGCGGGAGGCGAGGGGGGCCUUUCUGCGAGGGAGAAGGGCGUUCUUGCAAUUUCGGAGAGGGAGGAGGGGGCGGGAGGAGAAGAAGAGGGGUUGCCGAGCUGACAGUGAGCGGUGGAAGCAGCAGUGUGGGGGAAGCGCAUGGCGACGGCGCGGGGUGGCGCCGCGUGGGUGCUCGCCGCGGCGGCGGUGUGCACGCUGUGGGUGGCUGCGGCGGAGGCCAGGUCGCCGGCGGCGAGGGUGCACCGGCACCUGAAGCGGCUCAACAAGCCGGCCAUCAAGAGCAUCGAGAGCCCAGAUGGAGACAUCAUCGACUGCGUGCAUAUCUCCCACCAACCAGCCUUUGAUCAUCCUCUCCUCAAGAACCACACAAUACAGUUUAGGCCGGCCUACCACCCUGAAGGUCUAUAUGAUGAUGCCAAGAGCAGUAUAGACUCCAGCUAUGCUGGCGAGAAACCGAGGCUCCAACUGUGGCAUCAAAACGGUAGGUGUCCGGAGGGCACGGUCCCGAUUCGGAGGACGAAGAAGUAUGACCUGCUCCGAGCGAGCUCCAUGCGGCGGUAUGGCAGGAAACGCCAUACUGCUCCAAACCCGCUGUCUGUUGAUCCCAACAUGCUCAGCGAGGGUGGUCACCAACAUGCUAUAGCGUACGUCCAGGGAGAUAAGUAUUACGGUGCCAAGGCCACCAUUAAUGUGUGGGAGCCCAAGAUUCAGCAGCCUAACGAAUUUAGCCUGUCCCAGCUCUGGAUCUUGGGGGGAUCAUUUGGGGAAGAUCUUAACAGCAUCGAGGCUGGUUGGCAGGUGAGCCCUGACCUCUAUGGAGACAACAACACUAGGUUGUUCACGUACUGGACAAGUGAUGCAUACCAAGCAACAGGGUGCUACAACAUCUUGUGCUCGGGGUUCAUUCAGAUCAACAACGAGAUCGCCAUGGGGGCUAGCAUCUUCCCCAUCUCGAACUACGCUGGCUCCCAGUAUGAUAUCAGCAUACUUAUCUGGAAGGAUCCAAAGGAGGGGAAUUGGUGGAUGCAGUUUGGCAAGGAGUAUGUCCUUGGCUACUGGCCGUCCUUCCUCUUCUCCUACCUCGCUGACAGUGCUUCAAUGAUCGAGUGGGGUGGGGAGGUGGUGAAUUCGGAGCCCGACGGCACGCACACGUCGACACAGAUGGGCAGCGGGCAUUUCCCGGAGGAAGGGUUCGGGAAGGCGAGCUACUUCAAGAACAUCCAGGUGGUGGACAGCAGCAACCAGCUCAGUGCUCCAAAGGGGGUGGGCACCUUCACGGAGCAGUCCAACUGCUACGAUGUGCAGAACGGCAACAAUGGCGACUGGGGCACCUACUUCUAUUAUGGUGGCCCUGGCAAGAACUCAAACUGUCCAUGACAUGUGAGAUACUAUUAUCGCCAUGAGCUGAAGCAUUCAAGUGUGCAAUACAACAUCUGGAUCUCAUCUCCUUGUUCAGUGAAUCCUAGGUAGUGUGUAACAUGUGCAUGUACCCUCGUGUUUUUUCUUCUUUUUCCCCCAUCUUUGUUUUUUUUCAUGUGCCAUGUAAAGUUUCUGAAGAGAAGAAGCAUGGCUCGAGGUGGUGGAGCUGGGCUGGUGAUGCUAUAGCCUAUUGCUUGAUGGUAUUGAGUUUA